CCCGCCGGCGGCUUGGGCUCUCCCGGAGGCGCGCCCGAUCGAGGCGGCCGCCAACAUGGCCGAGUCGAACGAGGAGGUGGCGGUGCUGGUGCAGAGGGUGGUGAAGGACAUCACCAACGCCUUCCGAAGGAACCCGCACAUAGAUGAAAUUGGCCUGAUCCCAUGCCCCGAAGCAAGAUAUAACCGGAGUCCCAUUGUCCUGGUUGAGAACAAACUUGGUGUGGAGAGCUGGUGUGUCAAGUUCUUAUUACCAUAUGUCCACAACAAGCUCCUUUUGUACAGGACGAGAAAGCAAUGGCUAAACAAAGAUGAACUGAUUGACGUCACCUGCACCCUGCUGCUUCUCAACCCAGACUUCACCACUGCAUGGAAUGUGAGGAAAGAGCUCAUCCUCUCUGGCACUUUAAGUCCAAUUAAGGAUCUACAUCUGGGAAAACUGGCCUUAACUAAGUUUCCUAAGAGUCCAGAGACAUGGAUUCACAGGCGCUGGGUGCUGCAGCAGCUAAGUCAGGAAACGUCCCUGCCUUCCUCUGUGGCCAAAAGAAGCUUAGGUGCAGUUCCUGCAGAGAGGACGCAGCGGCUAAUACAGGAAGAGAUGGAAGUCUGCAGUGAGGCAGCAGGGAGGUAUCCCAGCAACUACAAUGCCUGGUCCCAUCGCAUCUGGGUUUUACAGAACGUGGCCAAGCUGGAUCUGAAGAUCCUUCUUGAUGAACUAUCUUCUACUAAACACUGGGCGUCCAUGCAUGUCUCAGACCACAGUGGAUUUCACUAUCGCCAAUUCUUGCUAAAGUCAUUGAUUAGCCAGACUACAAUAGACAGUGCAGUGCCGCAGCACAACUCUUUGAAAAGUGAGCCAAAAGAUGAAGCAGCGGCAGCCUCAACAGAGGAGCCAAGUGUGAAUCUUUCCCAGCUCCUAGAAGAAGAGGUGGAAUUCUGCACAGAUCUUAUUGAUUCCUAUCCAGGACAUGAAACCCUUUGGUGUCACAGGAGGCACAUUUUCUACCUUCAGCAUCACUUAAAUGGCAGGCUCCCUCCCAACCUGACUCACCCGACACCUGCAGACUGCUCUGGGGGCACUUUGAAUGACUCGCACCAGAUUCCAACAAGCCCUCAACUAUCUCAGGCAAUGGAAGUGGACGGACUGAGUGACUCUAGCAAGCAAGGCUAUUCCCAAGAAACCAAGCGCCUGAAGCGGACCCCAGCUCCGGACCCCCUAGGCCUAGAGAUGGAGCACAGGUUUAUUGAUCAAGUAUUGUCCACUUGUCGGAAUGUAGAGCAAGUCAGGUAUGCCAAUGCAUACAGGAAAUGGCUGGUGACUCUGAGUCAGUGAAAGGGGUGGAUUCAUCCUAAGAAAUUCCCUUUAGUGCAAUAUUGCUUUUCUUUCUCAACGCCAUAGUUGCAUGAACUGACUGGCUAACUGUAUUCUUCAUCUGUAGCUUAGAAGUCUAUAAGAAACCUUUUUGUUUUAUUUAUUUUGUUAAGAGCCGGCAUUCCUUUGGGUAUGAGAUAAUCGUGUAGUUCCUUCCUACUAAAUAGUGUCUUAAUUCUUUUUUUUUCCUCUUUGACCCACGGCUCUCUAGGUCCACACAUGGGCUUCUCAUUUGUCUCUUGAGAUCGGCUUGCACACUUUCCUCACCUCAGUUCGGUUGCUACAUAGAUAGUUUCUUUCAAAAUUGAAAAUUUAUUUUGCAGUUCAGCUUAAGAAUAUUAAUCCAUAUGCAGAAGCACUUGCUCUAACUGCAGUUUUGAGAAUACAAUGGCUAGAUGGGUGGAUGUGAGGAUGUCAGCCACUUCCCUCCCAAGCAUGUUCUCCCGCUAUCCACUCAGAACCAAAGCCAGGAGUGUUGGAAUUUAUAUAGAAAAAAAUUGCUUCCAAUGUAAUCUAUUUUUUAAAUGAUUAUUUAAAAGAAACUAAACUAAUUUAAGAGUUUAUGUAAUUGUAGUACUGAAAAAUUAUUUUUAUUACUAGUUUUGAUAGAUUGUUUUUACCUCAUAUUUGGUAUAUGCCAAAAUAGCAAGUCAGCCCUUAUAAAAUGAAUUCUUUUUUAAAAAACCCACAAAUGCCAUUUUUAGUUAUUACUAUUUUUUUUUCCUUCUAAAGUCACUCAUGAAAGUGAGACAUAGAAAUGUAGUCCUGUAAAGCUUUUUUUAAAAAAGAAAUAAAUAAGUUACUGAGGUUAUUCUGAUAAACUGCAAAGUGUUUUGUCAAGUGGCUGGUCAGAGUUUACUGGCGACAAUCUAGGGAGGAAGGCUACUUCUGAGCAUUUAGUUCAAUUUUUACUUUUAAAAUGAAACAACGCUCUUUGAUACUAAAUUCAUCAGGGAUAAGUACCAAAGUCCACACUAUAGCUGUAUCUCAAUAACAAGGGCUGUGUUUUUCAGGUUGGAGAAGUUGGGUGGGAAUGGGUCCAGUCUCCUUUCUUAUGACAUCCACCCCUUCAGAUGAGCUGUGAGUCCUCUGUGUGUACACCUUCUCUAAUCUUGCCAGUCCAUUCCAUACUUUCCAUCACUCACUGGCCCAUAUUUUUUUCUCAUGUUCUUUUUUUUCAGGGAUGCCUACAGAAGCUAUUAUCACUGUUAUAAUAGCUUAAUCCUACCUAUAAACAACAGGAAGGAUGAGUGAAAGGUGUCCCUCUCAAAUUCCCUGUUCAUGGCUGUCUUGGUUAGGGUUUCUGUUGCUGUAAUGAAAUGCCGUGACCAAAAGCAACUUGGAGAGAAGAGUUGAUUUUGCUUACACCUGCAGGUCCAUCACUGAGGGAAUUCAGGGAAAUAACUCGAGCAGGACAGGAACCUGGAGGCAGGAGCUGAUGCAGAGGCCAUGGAGGAAUGCUGCUUACUGACUUGUUCUAUGGCUUGCUUAUUCAGUUUUCUUGUUAAAAGCCCAAGGGGUGACACCACUUACAGCGCUCUGGGCCCUCUCUCAUCAAUGACAAAUUAAUCCACUAUAGACUUGUUUACAGCAGGGUCUUCUGGAGCAUUUUCUCAAUCGAGGCUCUCCCAUCUCCGAUGACUCUAGCUAGGGUCAGAUUGACAUAACACUAGCUGGCUCAGAUCCUGUAUAUGUGCAAAAUGCAAGCGGUGAUUGCAGAAAUAAGCCCAGCCAUCAUGUUUGGUGUGUUCUCCUUUCUCACACUUGGUUAUGUGCAUUGCAAGUUGAGGGACAGAAGGAAAGGCAAACCCCUCCUGCCUUGCUCUGGUAGACUCUUGUACUUUAGGCAUACUGCAUUAAGAGAAAAGAAACAGACUUUUACUUGGGCAUCAUGAUCUUAUUAGGUGGCAGACUGCUUGGCUGGGUGACACUUAGGAAACCAGGAAGAAAAUUUUCUACUGGCCCCAGGAGAUAGAUCUGAUUCUUUUGGGACAAAGUUGUUUUUACUACCUUAUAUUAUUUAGAUGAUAAUAUAUUUGCCAUUGUGAACAUAAUUCCACAGCCUUCUAUAUACAAAGCAUAUUUUGAAUCAUUAAAUACCUCAAGUUCUACAUGGACCUCUAUAGGAAAAACCAUUACAUGAUGUAUAGGUCCUCUGAGAUUGAGAAGUGACACAAAUGACAUGCAGCUCUGUGGCUGGACCCUGUCUUGACUCAGUCUUACCUUUUCUUCUCAGCAUCCUUUUUAGUGUCCCAAGUAAUAGGGCUUAUCUUUGAUAUAGUAUGUGUCAGAACAUGAUCAUAGGCUAUGCCUUAUGAACAUCAGCUACGUUUUUAUAGUGCUUCAUGCUAUGUUUUUAUAGUGCUUCAUGCCUUUUUAUAUCUCCUACUCAGCAUCUUGAUCAUCUAGGUGUCAGCUGCCUUCUUCCGAGGCUCAGCCCAAACCUUCCCAAAGCCGUAGAGUCCUCUAAUAUACCAUGAUUGCAUCUUCCUAGUAAAGUUGGAAGUAGGUAGUAAAAAUGCAAAUAUUGAAAAGAUCCUGUUUCUGUGUGGGUUUUUGUAUGCUACAUUAUUUCUGAAAUUCACAUUUUCAAGUGUUCAUUCACAGGUCUUAGAUUUCCCUGUAACUUUUCCCUAAAUGUUUGGCAUUCACCUUCACUAGCAAGCUACUGUGUCUUUGACCAAAUGAAUUCAUGCAGUAGAAAAAGAAAAUAUGUCUAAUUUAGGGGCUUGUUUAGUCAUAUUCUUCAACACAUAUCUUGCUGUUAAAAGGAAAAGAUAGUUGAUUGGCACGUUGCAUCUGAUUUUACUCCUGUGGAUCAAGAAAACCACUGACACACAGCCAGCAGUAAGAUCCAUGAUCUUCACCAUAACCCCGCCCUACAUGUCUUUGUUUUUAAAGUCUAUUUUGGUAAUUGUAUUGCCCAAUUAUAUUCAUAUGCCUUGCAUAUCAAAAGGACUUAGUAACUAUCUAUUAAUGAUUAAUUAGCUCUUUGAAGAAGGGAAAGAUUGCUCUUGUUCAUAAAUGAUGGAAUAAUGAUCAGGAAAUGAAUGAGUUAUGAGUGAGUGAUGUGGGCUAGCUCUGCAAUUCUUAAUGAGAGCUCCCAUGUGUAAAAAUCAGUGAGAUUAAGAUUUGCUGUCUUCAUUACCUUGUUUGGAUUUGUUAACUCUCAGCUGUGAGGUGGAGCACUAGAAUUCUCCUAGCUGUUCUUUGUCUACACUAAAAAUCCUCGGUCAAUAAGAGCCACUUGAUAGGAAUAUUGUUUCCUCUCACUAGAUGGUGUUGGAGAGCAGACCUCGCACACAGCACCAGAGGCACACCUGAUCAGCUGGGGUAAUUCUUGGGCUUUAGAGGCUUGUGGGUGUGGAUUUGUGCAGGAAUCAUCCUGGACCCCAACUGGAACUGUGGCCCUUGUAGGGACUCCUUGAACCUGUGUGAGUCGUUUUGUAAGCCUAAGGGUUUUAUACCUUCCUAUAGAAGCUUUGGGCCCAGAGUUUCAUCACAUUUUCUUACUCGUAUGGCACAGCUCUAACUUAAGCUAAACGUGUCACUAGGACUUUUCUCUUUGAUUUUGCUGGUGCUGAGGCUCAAGCUCAGAUUAAUCAUCAGUCAUAGAAGUAAAUGUGUACAGAUUAUCACCAGAAGCCACUUAUAGUUUCAAAUAAGGGCUAUGUAACAUAAAAUUCAGAAGUCUAUGUGCAGUGGUCUGUAGAAUGCAUAUGUGGUAGACAAUGUUAUUUCAGUAAUGUUCAGCUCCUCCCAGUUCACACUCUGUGUGUGUGUGUGUGUGUGUGUGCGUGUGUGUGUGUGUGUGUGUGUGUGUACAAAUUGUCAGUCCUGCAGUUUUAUUCAGCACAAGAUGGUGUGUGACAUGGGCCAAAUGCAACUUGAGAGUAGAGCCACCAGGGAGCCUCUCAGUUGGCUCCCUGAUGGGGUUAGAGAAGAUUCAGCUGUAAAAUGAAUAGUGAAUAAUCCGUCUCCUUUUUCUUCCUCCGAAAAGCCUUUUGGGUUUACUGUUAUUUUCCUACUCAAAAAUUAUACCUUAAAAUUUUUAAAUGCUUUAUUCUAAAUUUUUUUAACACUGUAAAAACUUUGUCUUAAAUGAAACUGCAAAUGCAAGCAAUGUCUUUGUUCCCCCACCCCUGACAAACAUAGUCUGUAAUGAGCUCCUGCUUAUUAGAGAAGCAUGUUGGGGUACCAGAAAUGUUCAGCAAACUCAGUUUCGUAGAAGCAGUGAGCAAGAAAAAAACUACCCCAAGAAUUCCACAUACAAUCUGUUAUACAAUGUCUUCUUUAAAAUAAUUCUACAUUGUGUUAACUUCAGUGCCUUUCUAACUUCAAUGUGUGGUACAAGGUUAUCUUAUACUGAACUCUUGUGUUUAGGGAGUAAAAAGUGUAGAAAUUUUAUCAGUUUAUUGUGUCACAGUGAGAUAUACUGACUGGGGAAGGUAGGAUCUUUUGAUUUAUAUUUCAUUAAUUGGCAAUUUUUUGUACUCUACCAAGAAUACCAAGAUUUAGAACUAAUUCUCGGACAGCUAACAUUGUGAGUUUUAGAGGCAUCAUAAUUACAGGGCAGUGUGUGCAUAAUUGAAGACACAAAAGCUGUGUAGCCUAUGCUUGAAGAGAAGCAGGCACACAAUGCACUGCUAAGAGAGAGGGGAGGGGGAGGUGUUGUCCCAAGUGACCCUUUGCCUUAUUCUAAGAACAUGCCUUCCUCCCAAAUUCAGACAUGGGGGUAGGAUAGUUAAAAGGGGAAAAACGGGACUGGCUAAUACCAAAAGAAAAGGUAAAUACUAAAAUGAAAUUUCAAGUUUUAUGAAUUUGUGUGUGGAAGGGGAGGGGAGGCCUGUCAUAGUUCAUGAUAGCAUAUAGUUUUCUUUAUGGUUUCUUAAAAAUAUAUAGUAAAUAUUCCAAAGUGCUUUGCAGAGAGUUCUUGAAUAAUACAUCUCUAUUUUGUGUUCAUAAUUGAUGUAUAAACCAGUGUCUCCCGUGUGGCUUUAGGGUGGGAGGGGAAUUCUCAGGCUCCCUACGUCUCGAACCUCUCAGGCCAUCCCUGUCACCACGAAACAACUAGAGGCUGGUGGCUUAAAAAGAAAAGGCAGUUACAUUGCUCUGCUGAAGAAACAGUGUCCUUCAAAGGAUGUUAGCUGUAUAUAGUUCAUGCUUUCUGAACAAGAGCAUGAGCCACAAAGCUGACCCUGAUGUUUAUUAGUCUGUUGUUAAUCUCAGGGUGUAGAAGAUUUAACCAAUUUAGAACAACAUUUUAUAUUCUGUGGCCAAAAAGAAAAGGCAAAAUAUGCUAUUUACAUUGCUAGCUAUUAGUAUGUGAAAUCUAAUAUGGACCAUCUUGCCGCUUGUCCUGUAGUUGUAUUGAGAUUGUUAUCAAAACUGUUGCUGUGAAGAGAAUAUCUGUGCUGUAGUUGUACGCGGGUAGGUGGAGGAGAUUCUAUUGUUUCCGUUGGUGUUCUCGGCCUUUGAAAGUCAUCCUGAGGAGAGCAGGCUCUGUUGUUUUGCAAACUGACAGCUGUUUUGCUUCCCAGGACUUCUUCUUCUCUGCAAGUGUAAGAUGCAAGACAGACAGGUUCGGGAUAUCACGUAGUACUGUGCAUAUUGUGAGAAAUUAACACAUCAGAACUGAUAAAUGCUGGAGAAGGAAUAUUAUUAGCAUAUCUCUAUCUUAGCAUUGCCCACAUUUGGGUGAACUAUACAAUUUUGUAUGAAAUAUACAUUAUUUUUAAGGAUGUUAAUGAAAUAUAUACAUUAUUAUAUAAGGCAAGAUACACAAUUUUAUAACAUUGCAACCAAAGUUGAGGUUCCUUUUAAGUAUCUAAAUGCGUGUGUGCGCGUGCAUGUGCAUGCGUGCGUGUGCGUAUGCACAUACAUCUAACAAGAUCUAGAGCUCAGGCUUACAUGAUUUUUUUUACACAAAAGAUUUUAAGCAAUGAAUUUUUAUUUUCAUAUUUGCUCAAAGUAUUUUAAUUUAAGACAAUUUUCUUGACAGACAACCUCCUCCAGUAAAGUUGGAAACUGACAUGUGUCCAUUUACCCUGUUUAAAUAUUUGUGAAAACUGAUUAUGUGUUUGGUGGUUUGUAUAUUUAUAUGUUAUUCUGUUUUUCUCCAAUAUUGUUAAGGAUUCAGCCUUCAUUUCAUGGCUAACAAUCACUUUCCUAAAAGCACUGAGCAGCAUGCAACACAUGCUCUGCUGAUGCUAAUGAAGUGAUGCAUAACACACGUGAGGUUGGUGCAAUGUGCCGACUCACAGGACACUCCAGCAUCCCCUAGAAACAGUCAUUUAUCCUCACAUCCAAUGUCAUCUAUUUAGGGCAGGUGGCUUUCUGUUGGUUACAGAAGUGAUAUAGAUGGAGCGCAGAUAGCAACAGUUCAGGAAGUCCUUAACUAUUGCUCUAGCUUCAGACUAACUUAGCUCUCACCAAGGAGACGGUUGCCAUCUCUUCACUGAGGAGUAUAUUUGUAGUGUGAUAUGUUACACAGUGGAAAAUGCUAUUACAUGACAUGAAUUAUUACACUUGUUUGUUUAGGCUGGAUUUAGAAAUAAAAUAAAGGUAUUUAAUAGAACCAUGGCAUGAAAACAAGAGUUAGAAGAAGUUUGAGCAGUAUCUCCCUGUAAGAGGCACAUUUAAUAAAUGUCUCAAGGUGUCAGCAGAUAAAGAAACAUGCUGCUCAUUAUAUAUUGGCAUAUCCAGUACUUUAUACUUUCUUUCAUUUCUCUCUAAUCCUCAGUUGCUUUGCAUUUUCUUAAAGGUGAUAAUGAUAAUAUGGGAACUUAGGCUGAGUAACUUCAUAUAAUUUUCUCAGAAUAUAUUUGACAUGAGAAAGAAUUUUUUUAUCAAUGGUAUUGUAGUUUAGUUUGGGUGCCUAUUCUGAGUUGACCUGAUGUAAAAGAUUAGACAGUUUUGAAACAGACAUUCCUACCUGACCUGUGAGGAACCACGUGUAGUGCAAGUGUGAUUAGGCUUUGGCCUCUGGUGAGCUCCCUGGUGCAUGAUCGUGUAUUGGCUGUAGUCACUUUGUAUUUUUGCUGUAUUUUGUUCUAGGAGAGUAACGGGGUGUACACUAGACUAGAUCACAUUACUGUUUCUGAGCUGGAAACAAUAAAAAAUGAGGUGUCUAAGUAUGCCAAAUAUUUAUAUACUGCUAUAAAAACUAAGAAGACUUUUCAAAAGUACAGAAAUGACUUUUUCUAAACUCCAGUCUUUAUAUGCUAGUUAAUUGCUUAGUUCAACAUUAUAAAACUAUGGGACUUUCACUGAAGAGAAAGAUCUCAGAUACUAUAUAUUCUACUAUCAGAAUUCACCAUCUGUGUUAGUUUAUAUUGCUUGUAGAUUUUCCAAAAAGAGCAUUCAGUGGGCUAUACAUAACAUUGGACACGUUAGCGUAAUCAUGGUACACUGUAGAUCCCAGGCAUUAAGUAUUAGUGUGACUAGCUUGUUUUACUGGAAACAGCUGUCUUCACUGAUAGAUAAUAUUUUGCCUGGUAUGGCAGUCUGUAUUGAAGUUCCUUUAGCUCUUAGUAUAGCUACCCACAGUUUUAAAAGGAUUAAAUCUCAUGAAUUCUUUACAGCUAAAGUGUAUAUUCUGGAUGGGAAUAAGAAAAACUUUUGUACAAAGGUAUGUGCAAAGUACACUUGUGGUAUUUUGGGAUUUAGUACCCCAAGAUGAUUAAAUUAUGCUAAAUUCUAAUAUAUCACUUGAACUUUGGCUAAGAUUAAAUGUAAAUUCUAAGAUUAACAUAUCAUGUUUGUCUAUAGCUGGGUGUUCAAUGGAAAUGUAAUGUGAGCCCCAAAGGUAUUACAAUUUUCUAGUAGCAAUGUUUAAGACAUAUAAUUAACUUUUAAUAACAUAUCUUAUUUAACUUAAUCUGGUAAAACACUCUUUCAACAUUCAUCAAUGUAACAAAAUUAAGGAGCCAUCUAGCGCCUUUUUCCCCUGUAUAUUAGUCUUCACAAUUCAAUGUGUGGUUUGCACUCACACCGCCCCUCCACUGCGGCCAUGUUUCAUGCCCUCAGGCUCCAUGUGUGGCCAGGGGCUGCUGCUGCAGAGGCAAUGCAGAUGUAUAGGCUACAAAGUAUGAAUCUGUUUAAAUUUGGAGGUGACAAAUGGACAUGAAAUUUCUGUCCUUUAAGGAUUGUUUAGAAAGAAAUCUAAUGAAGUUUUCCUUCAUUUUAAGUUAACUUUGCUCUAGAAAUUGGAUCAACCUGAUCUAAUUUGCCAAGCAUUAUUUGAAGAAGAAAUCACGUGCCAUGCAAAAUACCUCUAGGAUUGUUGUAAAGUACUGAUGGUAGAAUAGUGACAGUCUUCAGUCUUCACUAAAGUCUGUCCUGUUUCUUCAACAUACUAGCUUGAGUUGCAUGCUUACUGCAUAUCUGUACUUGUUUGUUUCCCAUUAUUCUUGUUAUAUAAUGAUGUAUAUUAACCAGCAGCCCUAGGAUUCUAAUCUAUGCAGCUGUCUGCCAGAACAUAAUGAUGCACCUAUUAAAUUGUGGUAAAUGGCAGAGAAAUAAGUUGAACCAUUUCUUUUCCCAUUAGAAUUGUUUUUUUAACAUGUGGUCAUGUACCAAAUGAGCUGUAAAUUACUGUAUUUCUGUAGAAUAUGGAAAUGGUGUUGUCUUUGAUGAUGUCUAAGUAAAUAUUACCUCUCCUAAA